AUGGUGAAUCUGGAGCCCAUGCACACAGAGAUCAAGAUGAGUGGGGAUGUUGCAGAUUCAACGGAUGCCCACAACACCUUCAGCCAGGUGGAGUCAGGAAAUGAUCGAAAUGGCCUAGAUUUCAACCGACAGAUUAAGACAGAGGAUCUGGGUGACUCUCUACAGCAGACCCUUUCCCACAGGCCAUGCCACCUGAGCCAAGGGCCUACCAUGAUGCCUGGAAACCAAAUGUCUGGGGACAUGGCUUCUCUCCAUCCACUCCAGCAGCUUGUGCUAGUCCCUGGCCACUUACAGUCUGUAUCCCAGUUUCUGCUUUCCCAGACCCCACCUGGACAGCAAGGUCUGCAGCCGAAUCUUCUCUCCUUUCCACAGCAACAAAGCACUCUACUCCUCCCACAGACAGGGCCUGGCCUCGCCUCCCAGGCAGUUGGGCGCCCUGGGUUAUCGGGAUCCUCUUUAGAGCCCCACCUGGAAGCCCCUCAGCAUCUACCAGUGCCCAAACAUCUACCUGGCCCUGGAGGGACUGAUGAGCCCAGUGACCUGGAGGAGCUGGAGAAGUUCGCCAAGACCUUCAAGCAGAGGCGCAUUAAGCUGGGCUUCACACAGGGAGAUGUGGGACUGGCCAUGGGAAAGCUGUACGGUAACGACUUCAGCCAGACGACCAUCUCACGGUUCGAGGCCCUCAACCUGAGCUUCAAGAACAUGUGUAAACUCAAGCCACUGCUGGAGAAGUGGCUGAAUGAUGCAGAGUCCUCCCCAUCAGACCCUUCGGCAAACACACCCAGCUCCUACCCUACUCUCAGCGAAGUGUUUGGCAGGAAGAGGAAGAAACGGACCAGCAUCGAGACCAACAUCCGCCUGACACUCGAGAAGCGAUUUCAAGACAACCCUAAACCCAGCUCAGAAGAGAUUUCCAUGAUCGCAGAGCAAUUGUCCAUGGAGAAGGAGGUGGUCAGGGUCUGGUUCUGCAAUCGACGGCAAAAGGAGAAGCGAAUCAACUGCCCUGUGGCCACACCCAUCAAGCCUCCCAUCUACAGCUCCCGGCUGGUUUCUCCGUCAGGAUCUCUGGGUGCCCUCUCCGUCCCUCCUGUCCAUAGUACCAUGCCUGGAACAGUAACGUCAUCCUGUUCCCCUGGGAACAACAGCAGGCCUUCGUCUCCUGGCUCAGGACUCCAUGCCAGCAGCCCCACAGCAUCUCAAAAUAACUCCAAAGCAGCAAUGAACUCCUCCUCCGGCUUUAACUCCUCGGGACCGUGGUACCGUUGGAAUCAUCCCACCUACCUCCACUGA